CCGGCCAUCUUGGAUCCGUGGCCUGGUCCGGUCAGCGGUCGGAAGGACCGGAGACGGCGGUGGCCUCUGCCUCCCGUGACAGCCGCUGCGGGGAGGCCCGCGGAGGGCGCGGGGUGUCGGCGCAGCCCGCCAUGGAAGCGCUGUCGUUCCGGGAGCUGGUGUCCUUUGAGGACGUCGCCGUGUACUUCACCUGUCAGGAGUGGCAGGACCUGGACGUUGCUCAGAAGCUGCUCUACAAGGAUGUGAUGCUGGAGAACUACAGCAGCCUGGUGUCCUUGGGCUGCUGCACGAUCAAACCUGAGUUGAUCCUCAUGCUGGAACGUGAAUUUGGUCCAUGGAGGGCAGCAGAUACCUCAAUAUGGAGCCUUCCAGGGUACUGCAUGACCAGACCAGAGAUGAACAUGAAAUUGCAGCAUGGAUUUGAGCCAUGGAGUACCUCAGAAGCCUCAGUCUGGAGCCUCCCAGAUGUCCAUAAUGUAAGUGGCCUGGGAAAUGAAGAGCCACACUUGUGGCAAGCUGAAGUCUCUAGUGGCAUUACAUCAUAUGAACAGAUGGUCGAAGCAGAACUACAGAUUCAAGAGAAAAUUCAACGAGGGUCAGAAACGUAUGAAUAUAAAGAAUGUGUGGAAACAUUUUAUCCGAAUCCACAGCGCACCGGCAAUCAGACAUCUCAAUCAUACGAGAACCCCUAUGGAUGGGAGGAAUGUAGAAAAGCUUUCUAUUACCAGUCCACCCUUACUCAACAUCAGAGAUUUCAUAUAGGUCAGAAACUCUAUGAGUCUCCUCAGUGCUGGGAGAUUUUCCCCUGGAAGUCCCAGCUCAGCGUACGUGAGACGUUUCAUGCAGGUGAGAGACGCUACGAGUGCGAGGAAUGCGGGAAGUCUUUCCAUCGGAAGGCAAACCUUAUUCGCCACCAGAGGAGAACACAUAGCAGAGAGAAGCCCUAUGAGUGUAUAGAGUGCGGGAAAACUUUCUACUGUAAGUCAGACGUCACCCGACAUCAGAGAAGAACUCACAGCAUAGAGAAACCCUACAAGUGUGUCGAAUGUAGCAAGACUUUCUUCUGUAAGUCAUACCUCAUUCGGCAUCAGAGCAGAACUCACAGUAGAGAGAAGCCCUAUGAGUGUGGAGAAUGUACUAAAACGUUUUACUGUAAGUCAGAUCUUACCCGACAUCAAACAACGCAUAGUGGGGAAAAGCCUUUUGAAUGUAACGAAUGCUCAAAAACAUUCUUCUAUAAAUCAGACCUCGCUAAUCACCAGAAAACUCAUACAGAUGAUAAUCCCUAUGAAUGUAAAGAAUGUAGGAAAACUUUCUGCUCCAAGUCAAGCCUCAAUCAGCAUCAUAGGAUUCAUACUGGUGAGAAGCCCUUUGAAUGUAAUGUAUGUAAGAAAAGUUUCAAUUCUAAGUCAAACCUCACUGAGCAUCAGAAAAGAACUCAUACCAGGGAGAAACCCUAUGAAUGUAGCGAAUGUUGGAAAUCCUUCUACUGCAGGUCAGAGCUUAUUAACCAUCAGAGGACUCAUACAGUGGAGAGAUUCUAUGAAUGUAAAGAGUGCAGGAAAAAUUUCUACUGUAAGUCAAACCUCAAUCAGCAUCAAAGAACUCAUACAGGAGAGAAACCGUUUGAAUGUAAAGACUGCCACAAAGCUUUUUAUUGUAAGUCAAAUCUCAAUCAACAUCAAAGAACUCAUACAGGUGAAAAACCUUUUGCAUGUAAAGACUGUACUAAAGCUUUCUAUUGUAAGUCAAGCCUUGUAAAACAUCAAAAAAUUCAUUCAGGUGAGAAGCCAUAUGAAUGUGAAGAAUGUAGGAAAACUUUCUUCCAAAAGUCAGACCUCACUCGACAUCAGAGAACACAUACAGGUGAAAAACCCUAUGAGUGUAAAGACUGUAGCAAAACUUUCUAUUGUAAAUCAAACCUCAAUCAACAUCGGAGGACUCACACACAUGAAAAACCUUAUGAAUGUAAAGAAUGUCGGGAAAGAUUCUAUUCUAAAUCAGAGCUCACUGAGCAUCAAAGAACUCAUACAGAUGAGAAACCCUAUGUGAUAUUCAAUACUGAUUGUCAGCUUGACAAGAUGUGGAGUCACGUGGGAGACGGGCCUGUAGGAAUGCCUGUGAAAGAUUAUCUAGAUUAAGUUAGCCUCAGAUGUCUGUGAUUGAUUUUCCUUAUUUGAUUAAUUGAAGGGGGAAGACCCACCAUAAAGAUGGUGGCACCGUUCCCGGGGCUGGGGUUAUGUGCUACUCGAAUAGGGGUGGCACCAUUUUGUAGACUGGGGUUCUGGACCACAUGAAAAGGAGAAAGGUAGGCUAAGCAUGAGCAUUUGUUGUUUUCUGCUCCUGUCUGGAUGUCACUUGACGAAAUGCCUCAAGCUCCUGCCACAAUGAGUUCUCUACCACUUAAGAUUGUAGUUCAUGGGCCAAGUACUGUGAGUCACAGUAAAACGUAACUACUAAUACACAAAAUUGGUUCUGAGAGACGAGGCUAUUGCUGAUAAACUUGACUGUAGGAUUCUUAGGCCAUUGGCAAUUGUUUUCAUGAGGAAUGUAGAAAAUUUUUAGAACUUUGCGGUAAUAAAACUUUUGAAUGCUAUGCUAUAAAGCUUAGUGGGCCAUUGUGGUGGGAGUUUAUAAGACCAUGAGGCAGAGAGAAGUACAGACUGGAGGCCUGGCUCAGAAGGCUGCGGAGGGCAGCCAGCACUGUUCUCGAACUAGGCUAGAGACCACUUGUAUGAUUCUGUACCAGGAAUCUGGCUCUGUUCUGCCUGUGAUCUGAGAGCUGAGCAAAUGUUAAUUUAAAGGAAAUGUACUGAUUUGUGGAGUGAAGAAAAUUUCCAAUAGGAGUGCAUUUAGGCUGUGACACAGCUCCUGGUAACUGCACUUACAAAAGUUUACAAUGAAAAAAGUUCACAGGGCAGAAGAUAAAUACAAACGUGAUUAAAACAUAGUUUAUCCAGGAUUAAGAACGCUAAAGCAAGGCACCAGCUGCAGGCAAGGCAUUUAUGGAAAGCAAGGCUCUACCUUUUAAAAGAGUAACACAGUGUUCUGUCCCCAGAACAGUAAGAAAUGUGCCAGGAGUGCCUGGCUGCACCUGUCAGAGGCUUCAGCUUGUGAAAUUGCAGACUUACUUGAAAGGAAAGAACUCAGACUGAGAAAUCAGCUGAAGGGAUCCCCUGCUUCUUGCAGAUAACUCCCUAGGGAAGUGAUUCUGUAAACAACACUAUAGGUGAGGUUUUCUGCUCACCUCAACAGAUGAGCAGGUAAGGUGAUAUCUAUGGUCCAAGAAGACGUGUUACAGUUCUAACUAGGAACAGCUCCUGGAAGCUUUGUAUAUGUGAUUGCAUCUUUUCAUGGUGAUGAAAGAUGCAAGAUUGAUGGGGCUCAGGUAGACUUGCUCCAGUGUUUCAGAGCAGCUGAGGCUAGGCAUCGUAUGCCAGGACUGGAGUCUCCACAGGAGGCUCCGAGUGCCCACUGCAUGGCAUGUGAAGGUGAACUGUAAGUUGCCAUGGAGACUCAGCAUAUAAGUGAUGCCAGGACCACACCCACAAAAGAAAGCUACAGGCGUGGAAUGGGGACUGCCUAAGUGUGGUUGUGUGUGCUACAGGCAGCAGAGACAGAAGGAUGGGGUGUCUCAAGCACUUUGGAUUCCAGAUGGUUCUAUCACAGGUCUCAAAUGCUCUGGACAUGGAGCAAGAGUUUUUGUUUUUUCUGCUGGAUUUCAGCCCCAGUUUUCUCCUUUGGAAAUGGAAAUGUUUACUCUAUGCUUUUAUGUAUUGGGACCAUGUAACUUGCUUUUUGAUAUUAAGGGACCUCACAGUUGAAAGAGUGUUUCAGAUGAAACUUGGGCUUUAGGUGUUAAGACAGUGUUGAAACUGUUGAAGACUAGGAAUUUUGCUAUUGGACCCAACACACUUUACAUUAUGAAAUGGCUAUCAGCUUAUGGGUACAAGACAGGAAAGGUUAUGGCUCAACAGUCAGGCUGACAAGGAAAACAGUUGUGGGUGUAAUAUUGCCAGGUUGACAGGAUCUGGAAUCACCUGGUAGAUGGACAUCUGGGAAUAUCUGGGAGAGAUUUUCUUAAGUUAACUGGGACGGGAAGACUUACUUUAAGUGUUUGCAGCACUGUUCCAUGGGCUGGGGUCUAGACUACAUGCAAAGGAGAAAGAUGGCUAGAAGGAGCGUUCACUAGUCUGUUUCUUGAGUGUGGGUGCUGCUGGACCAGCUGCCUCAAGCCCCUGCCUGUAACUGGAAUUUGCUCCUUUAGGUUCUUUUUUCUUCUACUCUUCUCCACCCUUUUUGUUCCACCCCUUCAACUCCCUAACACUAGAUAAGAAAGAAAAACAUUACAGAGAGGAAAGGGGUCAUUGCUGUUGUUGGACUACUGUCUUUGAUUGGGUGCGGAGAGCUUGGGGCAAGUUUGAUCUUCACCGUCAGGAACAUCUAAUUUCUUUUUGUGUCUUCUUUGUUCCUGACUACUUAACAAACCAAAACCAACCAGCCAGCCACCCGCCAGGGCUCUAUCUGUCUUUUGAAAAGUUCCCAGGAUUCCAAAUGUCACACCUUCACAGAAUGGCAAAUGCAGCUGGCAAAACCACAAACCACAUCCUUGCUAGAGCAAGGGGCAAAUCAUAGUUAGCUGCUGUUAAGCAGUACCAUAUCCCCGCACCUGGGAUUAAAAUGAAAACAUAUUCUUGUAAUGUUUUUUUUUUUUUUUUUUUUUU